CGGGAGGAUGCUCUGCCGCAGCGGAAUUUGCGCGAGCGAUGCAGCAGCGCGCGCGUGACGCGCGGACCCUCCGCACCGAUGUCAGUUCUCUCGUGGGGCUCGAUGCGACUCCUUUCCGCCGCCAAGUCGGGCUUGGCCAAGAUGCAAUCGUUUCCAGAAGUCUUUUUCAUGCGCAAAGUUGUCUCCUAAUCAUUGCCGGAGGCGUUUUUGUGGGUUGUUUUGUUUUUGAACCGGUCUUUUUCCAAGCAACGUAACACAAGCUGAAAUUGCUGAGCGCGGCGGUGACAACUCGGCUCACACAGACUGAGCGCUGUCACCCAAAGUACACCCGUCGCUGUGGGAUGGACGCUGGGUGCAUGCGAAAUUGGGUGUCUUCCCAUGCAAAGGCGACAGCCCGGCCGCUUGGAGCGCACGCUCUUUCCAUGCGGCCGGGGUUACAUUUCUGGGAGCCGGAUCACCCAAGGACGAGAAAGAGCGAAAAGGGACACUUGGUCGUUACCAAACUUGCCUCCUUUUGGGGGCCAGGCCCAGCCUCUUCUCCUUGAACGCUCACAACUGGGCAGCUUCUAUGUCAAAAGUUCGUGCUGCUUUGCUCACCUGGCUGGCGAGGACGCACCGAGCCAGCCGCGCUGGGGUCGCUGCGGCCCCAGGGGAAGAGCCGGUCCACGUGGAGAAUGAGAGCGCGAGUCGGCCCCAGGAACCGGAGCGUGGGGACACAGAGAUGAGUAGUGAUCGGGGCUCAUCAUCCAUCCCCUUCUCCAGACUCCAUCCGUGACCAGCGCCGGUGGAGACAUGGAGAGGCUCUGUGAAGAAAACGUCUCCAUGAGCUCACCUCUGAACUCCUUCCACCGAUUCCAGGCUGACACCAGACUCUACAGCAGCAAUUUUCACUCGGGAGACGCGAACGCUUCCGACGUGUUUAACUGGACGGUGGACUCUGAAAACCGAACCAACCUUUCCUGUGCCGGCUGCCUCUCGCCACCAUGCUACUCCUUAGUUCAUGGCCAGGAAAAAAACUGGUCUGCCUUGCUGACAGCUGUGGUGAUUAUUCUCACCAUCGCUGGCAACAUACUCGUCAUCAUGGCAGUGUCCCUGGAGAAAAAGCUGCAGAACGCCACCAACUACUUCCUGAUGUCCCUUGCCAUCGCCGACAUGCUGCUGGGCUUCCUGGUGAUGCCCGUGUCCAUGUUAACCAUCCUGUAUGGGUACCGGUGGCCUCUGCCAAGCAAGCUCUGCGCAGUGUGGAUCUACCUGGAUGUGCUCUUCUCCACGGCCUCUAUCAUGCACCUGUGUGCCAUCUCGCUGGACCGCUAUGUCGCCAUCCAGAACCCCAUCCAUCACAGCCGUUUCAACUCCAGAACAAAAGCCUUCCUGAAGAUCAUUGCUGUUUGGACCAUAUCAGUAGGUAUCUCCAUGCCGAUACCAGUCUUCGGACUGCAGGAUGAUUCCAAAGUCUUUAAGGAAGGGAGUUGUCUCCUCGCUGAUGAUAACUUCGUCCUGAUCGGCUCCUUUGUGUCCUUUUUCAUCCCUCUAACGAUCAUGGUGGUCACAUACUUCUUAACCAUUAAGUCCCUCCAGAAAGAGGCCACUUUAUGCGUGCGUGACCUUGGCAGCCGCACCAAACUAGCUUCUUUCAGCUUCCUCCCUCAGAGCUCCCUGCCUUCAGAAAAGCUCUUUCAGCGCUCCAUCCACAGGGAGCCGGGCUCCUACGGCAGGAGGACGAUGCAGUCCAUCAGCAACGAGCAAAAGGCCUGCAAGGUGCUGGGCAUCGUCUUCUUCCUCUUCGUGGUGAUGUGGUGCCCCUUCUUCAUCACGAACAUCAUGGCCGUCAUCUGCAAGAAGUCUUGCAACGAGGACGUCAUUGGAGCCCUGCUCAAUGUGUUCGUGUGGAUCGGCUACCUCUCCUCGGCCGUCAACCCACUCGUCUACACCUUGUUCAAUAAGACCUACCGGUCGGCCUUCUCCAGGUACAUGCAAUGUCAGUACAAGGAAAGCAAGAAACCAUUGCAGUUGAUUUUAGUGAACACGAUACCAGCCUUGGCCUGUAAGUCGAAUGACCUCCAUCGGGACCAAGAGAGGCAGCCAAGGAAAGAUGGCGAGAUGGUGGGUACUGACUGCUCCAUGGCUGCCCUGGGACAACCGCCACCGGAAGAUGCGCCCACCGCCAGUGUCCACGCCUUGAAUGAAAAGGUCAGCUGUGUGUGAGGCGCUGGUUGCCAUGGUAACGGUGGCCAAACACGGAGUGCGUUGUUCCCUGUCUGACAAAAAAGGAAGAAAACACACACACACACACACACACACACACAC